CCUCGUGGUACCCGUAGUUCCAUGCUAUCAAUGCGGAAGCGGCUGUGCUAGCAUCUGCGCUAUGAGCUGUUAGUGUUUUUAUCCAUCAAUACGGACUCAACUAUAUAUCAUGAAGGCAGUUAAUUGAAAACAAGGACACGUAGCUUCGUGGAGUGUUGUUUUACUGCGUGUCGAGUUGAAACGAACUGUCAUGGCGCAUAGUUUUUUUUAUUUAUACGGGUGAAGUCUCAUGGCUUAUGGUUUAUUUUGGAUAUUCGGGUGAGAAGCGUCACCUCGUUGCUAGAUAGCGAGUGUACUUUACGCGUUCCUUAAAGUGUCCCGUCCACCAGCAUAAUGAAAGUGCGUUCGUCUGUUUUCGCCUCGUUUAUUUUGCUGUUUGAAGUAGUCGGCAUUGCCCUGUUCCUGCGGGGAUUUUUCCCGGUACCUGUCAAAUCUUCGCUUUCUUCCAAGAGCAAGCUGUCAGAUCUACCGGAGGAGCCGCUGACAGGAAGAUCCCCAAAUUCCUCCCGCCUCCCACAGCCCUUGUUUAAUAGAGUGGUAAUCAUGUUAGUGGACGCUCUGCGGGAGGACUUCGUGUUUGGACCCAAUGGUCGCGUGUACAUGCCGUACACCAGGCACCUGGUGGAAAGAGCCUCAUCGCAGAGCUUCGUGGCCAAGGCCAGGCCUCCAACCGUCACCAUGCCCAGGAUCAAGGCUCUCACCACUGGCAGCAUCCCGGGCUUCAUUGACGUGGUAAUGAACCUAAAUUCUCCCGCACUGCUGGAAGACAACCUGAUUUGGCAGGCCAAGACAGCUGGGAAGCGGAUAGUUUUCUACGGAGAUGACACGUGGGUGCGCCUCUUCCCCAAACACUUCAUGGAGUACGAUGGCACAACCUCCUUCUUUGUGUCCGACUACACCGAGGUUGACAACAAUGUGACCCGUCAUUUAGACAGUACCCUGAAGAGAGAUGACUGGGACAUUUUGAUCCUCCACUACCUGGGCCUGGACCACAUUGGUCAUAUCAGUGGGCCCCACAGCUCACUCAUCCAACCCAAGCUGCUGGAGAUGGACGACAUCCUCAAGAAGAUUCACAGUGCGCUCAUUUCAAAGGAAGCGGAGGGAUCGUUGCCGUAUCUGCUGGUGCUGUGUGGAGACCACGGCAUGUCGGAGACCGGCAGCCAUGGAGGCUCCUCAGAGCCAGAAGUCAAUACACCCCUGGUACUCAUAAGUCCCGCCUUCAAGAGAAAAGUGGGAAUGGAGAAGCCUGGAGUGGUGGAGCAGGUUGACCUGACUCCAACCUUGGCCCUGGGACUUGGCCUGCCCAUUUCUCAGAACAGCGUGGGCCGCGUCAUCCCGGGUGUGUUGGAGGAAACCUCACUCCGAGAUCAGCUGCGCUUCCUGCAUCUUAAUGGCCACCAGCUCAGCUGCCUGCUCAAAGACAGCGUCCCUGACUAUAAAAAAGAAGUCGGGUUCGAGCAGUUCCGUGUGGCAGAAAAGGCUCAUGGCAGCUGGAUGAAGCUCUACAUGGAGGGCAACACGUCUGAGGUGCUGUCUAAUAUGGGCAAAAAGGUCCUGAAGCAGUAUCUGGAGGCCCUGGCCGCCAUGAGCUCGGCUCUCGGCAAACAGCUGGGCAAGUACGACAUGUACUCCAUGGUUGCAGGCAUGAUGUUUGUGUUUCAGCUCCUGUUGGUCUUACUGCUGGCUAUGCCCGAGGCCCUCGGCAGUGCAGCUGCAGUGGACCUCCCAGUGCUCCCAGCCCUGCUCUCUCUGCCUUUCUACCUCUUGUGCCUGCUGCUCGCCUCGGUGCACGUCUUGGUGUGCACGUCUGCCGAGAGUUCCUGCUACCUCUGCAGUCUCUCCUGGGGUCUCGUGUUUGCUGCAGUUGUCUUUUCCUCAGCAAUGUUUUGUAUUCUGGUCUCCAUGGCAACACGGCGACUCCCAUUGGGACCAAGGAUUCACAGGAAGUCUCCAAUAAGCAGCAGUGGCAGUGAGUGGUCACUUUCGGAGCUUGAUGUAUUGCUGCUGGCUGGCACAGUCGGGCACACUCUGAGCUUGGCAGCCAGCAGCUUUGUCGAAGAGGAGCACCAAACCUGGUACUUUCUCCUCAGUACCCUCUGCCUCGCCAUCUUCCAAGAUGUCUGCCGGAAGUACUUCAGAGAACAGAGUGCCUCUGGGGAUGAAAAAGAGCAUAUCCUUCCUUCCAAAGACUGUCAUCACUCUACAAACCCUAAGGCAGGAAAUAACCCAGAGAAGUGGCUUUCGCUGGCCACACCCCCCUUCAUACUGUUGUGCUGCCGGCUGCUGCGAUCCCUUAAUCAGACCGGUGUGCAGUGGGCUCAUCUUCCAGAUGUUGGACACUGGCUUAACAGCUCUGAACACAAGACGGUGCUGUCCCUAUUGGCGGCGUUCUGUUUGGUUCUCAUCUACCUGCUGGUUCAAAGACGGUGCUCGUGGGUCUCAAAGGUUGCCCUCGCCCUUGGACUUUUGGGUGUCUACAGCUACCGGGCAGCUGUUGGCAAUGUCUUGUUUCCUUGGCAACACUCUGGCCGAACCAUGUCCAAGGGAACAGUGGAGGCACGCUUUGUUUACGUCUUCGUGUUGGGCAUCCUCUUCACGGGCUCCAAGGACCUGCUGCGCUCCCAGAUCAUCACAGCAGAUGCCAAACUGAAGAGCAGGGGAUUGUGGGAGAUAUACAGCGGCUUGGUUCUGUUGGUUGCGUUGUUGUUUCGCCCUCACAACCUGCCGAUACUAUGCUGCUGCUUGUUGAUCCAGACUCUCAUGGUUCAGUUUAUUUGGGAGAAACUACAGUAUGAUGCAGCCCAGACUACCAUCAUGCACUACUGGUUCGGUCAGGCCUUCUUUUUCUUUCAGGGCAAUUCCAACAACAUCGCCACCGUUGACAUUUCAGUGGGCUUCGUCGGACUGGAAAGCUACGUGGAGGCGCCUGCCAUCUUCCUCACGGCCCUCAGCACCUACGCGGGGCCGCUGCUCUGGGCGUGCCACCUCGUCUGCUACCUCAGCUCAGAGAGAGACAGGAGCCCGGUUGCAGUGGGCCACGGCUGCUACUGUUUGGCCCUGCUCAGGUCGGUGCCGGCUGCUGCCUACAUCGUGCUGGUGACUGUUCUGCGCUACCAUCUCUUCAUAUGGAGCGUCUUUUCUCCCAAGCUGCUGUACGAGUCCAUGCACCUACUGCUGACGGCAGCAGUGUGCCUGUUCUUCAACACCAUGGAUCAAAGCCACUCUUCCAGUAAGUCUUAGGGAGCUGAGCACUGAGCGGCGUCCUCUAAGUCAAAUGCCUGGACACAGUCUGGUAACACCAGUGAUAAAGACUGAUCUGUGGGUUCAUCGUCUGAACUCCCUGCACCUGGUCUGCAGGAAAUACUUUGUUUGGGUGAGGAUGUGAAUGGUUUUUAUUGGAAAAUGACUUUUUAUACAGUACAUACAUCCUGUAAAAUACCUCAGGGACUGCAGCCCUCCAUAAGAUGGUGGAGCUCCUUUGUGAUAUUUAUAAUCUAUAAGUAAAAAGAGUCGGGGCUGCACAGUUUAACCAAACCACGUGUGUAACUAUUAACUAAAGACGCUCAGCUGCUUCCGCUUCAGAGCCUGCCGCCGUCACACAGUCAUGACUUCCUGAACAACCAGUCAUGCGCUGUCCCGGCCCCAACAGGUACAGAGCGGCUCGCGGAGGGGAGGGGGGUGAUGUCAGUCAAACGCGGCCGGCAGCCGCCCACGCGGUCCUGAGGAGCUCUAAUCAGCCACAUCAGUGAAAUCACCCGCGUGGGCGUGACGUGGGGCUGGUGGGCUUUAAUGCAGGCGUUCGCAAGGCAUCGCAUUCGUGUUGUGAUCAGAACACUCUCCGCCGGCUGGCAGCACAUUAUGUGGUCUCCUUCUUCUGUCCGCGCCUUUUUUCAGCCGCGCUAGAAUUUAACCCUCCGUUUGUCUGUGACAUUUUGGAAGUGGCUGACAAAAAGCUGCACAUAAUGCACAUAUGCACAUGCAUAACUCCCAAUGUCUGAAUGUGAGGGUGAGGGUUUAACGAGAGUGUGAAUUAAUUUACCAUCAGAUUAAAAAAAAUUGCUGUUUCAUAAUCAUAAUCACCUUUUUUGUUUCAUUUAAAUCUGUGUGUUUCAAUGAAAUUAUUUAUUAUGUUAACCAGCUAAUUAUCACCAAACUAAAUGUGUUAACUUUAAUAUCCUGAUGGAUUAAUGUGAGGAUUUAGCUCAUGUUGACACCUUUGGUGUUUUUGGUAAAUAUUCUGCAGAUCAUGUCGGCUGAAGACCUGAAGUUUAUUAAAUACAAAGCCGUUCAUCUUUCUUUGUAUUAUUUCUCCUUGAUGGAUUAGGAUUACAUUCAAUUCUCACACUUUAGCAAAACUUUGCAAAGUACUUACAAAGUCUUUGCAUCUCAUAAUGAUCCUGUUCUAAGCUUCAGGGUUUCUUCCUACUUUGUCAGUAAGAACUUUUAAAAUAACACUACGAACAUUUAGAAUUAGAGAAAUAAAGUAUUUGAUGAUAACUUAGCCUUGAUGCAGCCUCUAAGUAGAAUAUUAUGGUUCCAAAGAACAUUUUUAUUUUUACUAUACAGUAUGUUUGAAUCUAAUUGCUAUCGAUGUAUGUACAGCUUGUUUUUUUCUUAAGUUGACAUUGAGGUUCAGGGUUCAGAACAAAAAGACAAAAUGUCCGUGUAUGAAAUACCAAUAAAUAAAAAUGUGAUUUACUCCUCAGAAGAUGAGCGACACACAGUUGUGACCAGCUUUUCCUCUAGGCUGUUUAUCCUGGUUGGAUUUAGCUGUAGAAGUGUCAGGAGCACAAUCCUAAAGUCUCUAAGAACUUCAAACUGGAAAGAGUUUGUUGUGAGGCUGAUCUAUUUACGUUUGAAGUGUGUUUUUUCUUCUCCUUGUGGGCGCAGGAAAUGAAAAAUCACACGUGUUGUUCUUCAUGUUCUUUGUAUCUUUGAACAUGGAAGCAGUGCGCUGAUAUAUGAACUUGGCUGAACCUUAACUCAAGCUGUUCCUUCAACAUCGCUCCGAAUCCCACCAAAGGAAAACGGCCAUUCAUCCAGAGCAGUAAGACACUGGAGCCGAAAGAGAAUCAACGUGUUUCUGUCCCAGCGCUGAUGGAGCAUAUUGUACUGCACAAUUACAUUAUCUCCCUGAUUGCCUGGUCUCCGGUUUCACAGUGAAAAUCAGAAAAUGGAAAUUUGCAGGCAGACGUCCUGUAGAGCAAGGAUGUUUGUCUGGGUCCCACUUAAACCUGCUGCCUCUGGAACAUCUGUUCGCGUUUCUUCAUGUCGUUUGGACAUAAAGUCAAUGCUCCAAAUGCAACAGUGCAGGUUUCUAGCAUUUACCUCUGAAUCUGUGACGUCAGUGAGACGUUGGGACGGCUUCAGAGACCUUUGUUGCUUAUAACCCAGCUGUUCCUACGUCACAGCCCUGCGAGAUUCGUCCAGGAAAGCCAAAAAAAAACAGGCAGUUGAAAGAUUUGGUGUUAAAGCUGCCGUGUGCAACUUCUCACCUCCAAGGCUGGAAAGCGAAGCACGAGUUCCCGCCCCAGCACCCGUCACUCACCUUGAUGAGCUGUCUGUCGCCAAACAGCGUCUCGCCCGCGGCUAAGAUCACUGACAUCCCCCGAAGCCGCCACAGGCACCGGGAGAGCAGAUGCCGAAACCCCACAAAAAAAGGCAAAGCCGAUGUUCCCUGUGUUUUUGAAUAGAUUUAAGUCUGAUGCAAGAUGAGCUUCACCCUUUGUUUUUGUUGCCGCGUCUCACCUUGACAGGGACAAACCUCAACGCCGGCUACGGGAAUUUAAAUGUCCUGACCAUCAUUGAAAAGUCAGACAAACAAGAGGAUUUCCAUGUGAAUAGAGCGGGUUAGCUGCAGGCGCACGCUGCAUAUGGAUCACGGCCGGUUAAGCUCGUCUGCAUCAGAAGCAGGAGACGUUUAACUUCAUUCUGACUCGGAGCUGAAUUCGCCCCUUUUCUAAAUUGGCCGCGUCUCCUGACGGGUGCCUUGAAUAAGGAUCCUUGCAGCCUUCAAACAAAGGCUAAUGGACAAAGUUAACAAUCUGAGUAACUGCAACAGCCGCUGUAAUGCGUGAGUAGGAACCUGCACCGUACGGAUACAAGAGUAAUAAAUGUACACACGCUUUCAAGAGUCAAACUAUCCACUGAACCAGCACAAUGCUUGCGUUAACUCCCAGUGGGAACAAACAACACAGGUUUUAUUAUUUUACAUUAUGAAAAAAAUCACAUUAGCAUAUUAUUAUUGUCUGUUUUUGUCAGUCCCCUCAUCUAAAUUUCAGUGAAGAGUGGAAACUUAAUCUCAACUAAGGGCUUUUUGGCAGCAUGUGGGCUUGUUUGCCUUUUAUUGUAGCAGGACAACAGGACCCAAAGCUCCUAAAUCUGAAUCAGAAUCGUCUCUGACCCCGUCGUGGGAGCAGCUCGGGUCCAACGAGCCGGUCCCAUCUGUGGCGAGACCCUCCUGAAAACAUGGGCUUUGUCUUUGUCUCCUGAAGAGUUGGACGGCUUCAACUGCCGACGUCUGCAAAGGAGGUGUCCUUGAUCAUUUUGAAGGAAACAAUUCUAAUUUGGAAAAAGAACUUUUGAAUAAAACAAAAUCGCACUGAAAAGCAUUAAAUCGAGGAAAACGAGGACAUCACUGAGUGACCAAAACCUCUGAAUAAUGUUGACUCUCGUCUGAUUCUUUCAGCUCUUUGUCAAUAUUAUGUAAAUUCCUCCGGUGAGUGUAAAUCUUCGGGUGAGUUAGAAUGUGUAGAAAUCAGUUUUUCCCUGACAGAGAUAUUGUGUUUAGAGAGAUGAGAACGGAUGCUGCUGCUGGUCACAGGCCACUCAGUGUUUCUCCGGUGCUGCGGAUGACUUACGGCUGAUGGAGGAGCCUCUUUCUGCAUCUCAUCAGCUGCUUGACACUAAAAUGAAAACGUACGAUGCCACCGUUCCUCAGAGCAGCGGGGCGGCUCCUGGACGGCACCGGCUCUGACUUUACCGGGUCAUUUCUCUUGGAGUUGGCACAGUGGUUAGUUUUUGUUUUUUGUGGGUUGAUGGAACGUUGGAUAUUUCUGGGUUUGUAUUCUGCCCAUAAACCUAAACAGCUUCAUUUCCUGAAGGAUCUCAGGCGCACUUAGAGCCACAGCUGUCUGCAGCGGUGCAGGGAGCCGCCUCAGAGCAGCUCCUCAUGAGUCUGAUGGGACCUCUGUCUGCACGAAAUCAGUCCACUGCAUCCAAAUACCCACGCAGCCAUGAAAGCCAUUGUGUCUAUACAACUGGAAGCUGAGUGCUUUUUUCCAACUCUGUUUAAAUUGUAUAAAAUGUAGGUCUGUUUGUGUUUUUUUUUUUUUUUUUGCAGCUUGAAUCUUAGUGAUCUCAAAGCUCCAGCAUCUGUUCACGGCUCCUGUCUCAUGUCUGAGUUAUUCUAGUCGAGCUAUUUUAUUCCUCAUAAUCCUGAAUAUGUAACUGUAACCAGAACACAAAUAUCAGCGUGAUGGUCACAGUCACCAGCUGCAUUAGUUCCUCUUGUUACAUCACUGUGUCUUGUGGAAGGUAACUGUGCAAUUUAGCCCAUUUCUGUUUGUCUCUGACUCUUCGCAAUAAACCAAAUGUCUGCAUUUU